AGACAUAUUCUGUGCAUUUUCUGUGAGGACUCUGCACAUCCAUCUUUGGCAUCAUGGGAACCGUCUUGUCGCUCUCUCCCAGCUACCGGAAGGCUGCCCUGUUUGAGGAUGGUCCAGCCACAGUGGGCCCCUACACAGCUGUUCAAAACAGCAAGAAUGCCAAAGACAAGAAUUUGAAACGUCACUCGCUCAUCAAUGUGUUACCAUGGAAGCGGAUAGUAGCUGUUUCGACCAAGAAAAAGGGUUCUAAGAAGGUGCAGCCCAAUACGACUUACCAGAACAACGUCACCCAUCUGAACAAUGAGAACCUGAAGAAGUCACAGUCCUGUGCCAACCUCUCCACAUUCACCCAGGAGCAGUCAAGCCCAUCCAACCAAGGCUCUAAAAGCUCUAACAAUGUGGCUUCAUCUGUCAAGAAAGCACCCUUGUCCAACUCUAGUGUGGCUCCUGGUACGCCCAAGAGGGUGAUCGUUCAAGCCUCGACCAGCGAGCUGCUGCGCUGCCUCGGUGAAUUCCUGUGCCGGAGGUGCUACCGCCUCAAGCACCUUUCUCCUACUGACCCAGUGUUAUGGCUGCGCAGUGUAGACCGUUCCCUGCUGCUGCAAGGCUGGCAGGACCAAGGUUUCAUCACUCCAGCUAACGUUGUCUUUGUUUACAUGCUCUGUCGAGAUGUGGUCUCUUCAGAACUAGGUACAGAACACGAGCUGCAGGCAGUGCUUCUUACCUGUCUCUACUUGUCCUACUCCUACAUGGGCAAUGAAAUCUCCUAUCCUCUCAAGCCAUUCCUGGUGGAAAGCUCAAAGGAAACCUUCUGGGACCGCUGUCUGUCCAUAAUUAACCUGAUGAGUGCCAAGAUGCUGCAGAUCAACUCAGACCCACACUACUUCACCCAGGUGUUUGCAGACCUCAAGAACGAGAGCCAGAAGGAAGAGGAGAGGAGCCGUUUACUCAUUGGGCUAGACCGGUGAGGGAACGCUGAAGAGUAUAAUGUGUGAUUGCACCCUAGUCUGGCAUUUUUAAAUGGGAUUCCAAAAGUUUAAGUAGACAGCAGUCUCUAUAUUAUGAGAAUGCAUUUAAUACGUAUUAAAUCUAUACAAAUGUACCCUUUCAAGGUAUGAAUAAUCACUACUAUGUUCAGAUAUUACAAAAACUACUGAAUUUGACCAAUUUGAUCUUAAAGUUCCACCAGAUUUGUAUAUGAUCAAGGUUCAGGACAGAUAUGCCAGACCUGGGUGCACCCAAUUAGUCUUGUAUGAUUAGUAUUUAAAUUCACCCACAAAAAAAAAAAAAAAAUUCAAAAAAAAAAAAAUCAUGAAGAUCAAAAAACAGAAAAACACAACAAAGAAAACAGUAGGAGUAGGAACAUCGAUUUACAAGUAUGAAUGUGUAAAUGCCUGACUGGUUACAAAGAACUGGAGAUGUGCAUUGCCUUUUGUGUAAUGGUGUCUUACCAGACUGGUUCGCUGAGGACAGUGAGGACUGAGACUGUGACUUCGAGGCAGAGGACAUCACACCCACACUGCAGUCACGCAGUUGGAUGCUCAUUAAAUAAUACACACUUUGGCUUUAGUAGCAGUAUGUAUACAUAUGUCUUGUGAUGACAGAAGGGGAGAUCCAGUGAUACAUAUAUUUUAUGGAUGAAUUUUGACAUUGUGGCAGAACUGUACAGCGGGGUUUCAUCAAAAGACAAUGCGAGGUGAAAGGUGUUAGGCACACUGCUGUAAAAGGCCUACUUUAUUUUCAUCAAUAUGGAAUUCAGUUCUACUCUGCAGUGCAACUCUGGGGCUCAAUCCAUUUAUUUACUUGUUUCUUUUUUUACUCGGAAAUGUAACCGAAUGCAUGUGUUCCAUGCAAUUUUGUAUGGUGUUUUGAGGGUAAAAAUAUUUUAUUUAUUUAAUUCCACUGAAUCUUUGGAACCAACUGCAUUUGCAAAUACGGAAUGCCGUUUUUUUUUUUUUUGUUUUUUUUUUAAAUGUAUGUUUAUUUAGCUAUGCUUGCUACAGUGAGCCAUGAUUGUACAAAGUAUCUUUUGUUGUUUUGUGUCACAUUGUGUCACCGUCUAGUUGGGCAAGGAUCCAUAUAGACAAAAAAAAAAGCUUAAUGUAAAACCAGUGCCAUACCUUUGAUG